UCAUUCAUCAUCAACAACAAUUAACAAUUUUCAGUCCAAACCCAACCCCAAUUCCUAACAUUAACAAUCCAUUGUUCCAAUUUCAAACCCUUUAGAAAAAUGACAAUGGCCCCUUAACAUUUCAAUUCCAAUUCCCUCAAUCCCUCACCCACCAAUCAUAAUUAUCAUCAACAACAACAACUAUAACAAACAAGUAACCUUUUUUUAGUCCAACCCCAAAUCCUAAUAAUCUUCAAUGUUCCCAAAACAAUUUUUUAGGGUUCCAAUUUCAAACCCCUAGAAAAGUUUUGGUUUUCAUUCUUUACCCUUUCUUCCUCAAGCACUAGCAGAACCACCCCAACCGACCCAUCAUCACAAUAUCCACCAAGUUUGGAUUUUGACGUUGAAAAUGGCCACGAGGGGCACCAGAUCGGAGAAGGUGCGGCGAAUCUUCCAACAAUUCGACGCCAACCGCGAUGGGGGUCUCAACCGUGAAGAGAUGGCGUCGCUGGUGGGUGCGGUGAACCCUAGGGUGAAGUUCAGCGACGAGCAAAUCAACGCCAUUCUCGACGAGGUUUUCCGAACCUACGGCGAGUUCAUCGACGGCGACAAGGGGCUCACCUACGACGGCCUCCUCCGGACCUACGACGACGGCGCCGGCGAUGUGGACAGGGACUUCGACGCCCUCGGCCUUGACCUCAAUGCUGAUGAAGCUGUUACCGGCGGUACGACCAAGGUGGCAGCGUCAGAGGCCUCGUCGUCGUCGAUUGUGGACGAGAGGAUGGCGGUGGAGUCGCAGAAGAAGCAGCGGACGGCGGCGUGGGCGGUCUCGCCGAAUCACGGCAUCGUGUUCGACGACACUUGGAAGAUCGUGGAUGACUUGGAGAUUCUGGUGAAGAGGCUGAAGCAGAAGCAGGUGAAGGAUGGGAAGCUGAAGGGUGAGAAUUUUGAUGCUUAUUCUGAUGCGGGUUGGUCGCGCGAGUUGGGGCCUUCCACUGAGAUUUCUGAGAAGAGGGUGAUGUGGGAGGAGUCAGGGCAUGAUUAUGCAGUUUUUGUGAAGGAAUUGGGAGGUUUGAGAGGUAGGGCUGACAGUGCUAGAUCAAGGGAAGAAGCUUUUGAUGGACACAUGGCAAUUGGCAGGGUUUUGUAUGAGCAUCAGUUGUUUAAGGAGGCAUUGGUUAGUUUCAAGAGGGCUUGUGAGUUGCAACCAGUUGAUGUCAGGCCUCAUUUUAGGGCUGGUAACUGUUUCUAUGUUCUUGGCAGGUACAAGGAGGCCAAGGAAGAGUUCCUGUUGGCACUUGAGUCUGCUGAGGCUGGUGGAAAUCAGUGGGCUUAUUUGUUGCCCCAGAUUUAUGUCAACCUUGGAAUUGCAUUGGAAGGUGAAGGCAUGGUUUUGAGUGCCUGUGAGUAUUAUAGGGAGGCUGCGAUUCUCUGUCCGACACAUUUUAGAGCUUUGAAACUCUUAGGUAGUGCCCUUUUCGGUGUAGGCGAAUAUAGGGCUGCUGUGAAGGCGCUUGAGGAAGCUAUUUUCAUGAAGCCGGAUUAUGCCGAUGCGCAUUGCGAUCUUGCUUCGGCUCUGCAUGCCAUGGGUGAGGAUGAGAGGGCAAUUGAGGUGUUUCAGAAGGCUAUUGAUUUGAAACCUGGUCAUAUUGAUGCGCUUUACAAUUUAGGGGGGCUGUAUAUGGACCUGGGAAGGUUUCAGAGGGCUUCGGAGAUGUACACUAGGGUUUUGGCUGUGUGGCCUAACCAUUGGCGAGCACAGCUGAACAAGGCCGUGUCGCUGCUGGGAGCUUCGGAGACUGAGGAAGCCAAAAGAGCUUUGAAGGAAGCUCUGAAAAUGACAAACAGGGUUGAGUUGCAUGAUGCAAUAUCACACUUGAAGCAGCUGCAGAAAAAGAAGAACAAAACCAAUGGGAGUGUUCCUGGAGAGUCUGCAUUUGUUAUAAUUGAGCCAUCCAAGUUUAAGACAGUCGGGGAAAAGACUACAACGAGGCAGGAACUAGCCAGUGCCUUACAGAUCAGGGCACUUCAGAGGGUUACUAGGUUGACUCGUUGCAGUGUGGAGCUUUUGAAGAAGGAAAUGAGUGAAAAUGAUGUGCCGGUGUCCUAUUCCGGUAGUGGAGUGCCUCAAAAAUCCAUCCGUAAGCCGAAUUUGGAAGAAACCCUUCGCAGAUUGCUUAGUUUCCUAAAGCCUGAGACUUUUCAAGGAGCUGUCAAAGCCAUUAAUGAGAGGAUUCUUUCUGUUUUGGAUGAAAGUGGUUCAGGCAGGCUUGAUCUGGGAAUGUUUUUUGCUAUUCUUGCUCCUAUUUGUGGUGGUCCCUCAGAGAGACGGAAGAGGAUUGCCUUUGAUGCACUUUUAUGGCGUCCCAUGAAUGAGGAUGGUGCUAAUAUCAGGAAAAUUGAUGCUGCUACAUACAUCAAGCUGUUAAGGGCUGUUUAUGUUCCUUCCAUAGGGGCUAGUGAGUUAAUGGAAGUUCGCGGGGACGCAGACACUUCAAUGGUGUCGUUCUCUGAGUUUCUAGUCAUGUUUGAUGAUCCAGAUUGGGGUUUUGGCAUCAUGCCUACUCUACUGAAGCUUGAAGCAGGGGAUCGAAACCGACACGGCAACACGGUGUGCUCAAUUUGCCACUACCCCAUUAUUGGUUCCCGCUUUAAGGAGAUAAAGUCUCAUUUUAGCUUGUGUAACCAAUGCUACAGUGAGGGGAAGGUGCCUUCUACAAUUAAGCAAGAAGAGUACAGAUUUAAGGAGUAUGGAAGUGAGGGUGAAGCAAUGAAAGAUAAGUAGAAUCUGAAUUUCCAGCACUAGUGGUGCAAGAAGCUCAGUCAUUCGUUCAACAUCUUAGUGGUGCAAGAAGCUCAAUCAUUUGUUCAACAUCUUACUCUACCUUGUUAGAGUGGGGAGGUGUGAAGCAUGAAGACUUCUCCUUUUCAGAAAAAUUAAAACUUUGAAAAUGUUACAAUAGGUCAUCAAACUUCAUUUGAGAAUGUCACUUGUUUUUAUAUUCGCCCUUUGUACUCCACAUAAUGUAUAAUGUAUAUACUUCAAGUGCAUAUCAGGUGAGAACAUGCAAAUUGAGAAGUAAUCUUGACCAUACAAUCAUUUUUGGAUGGUUAAAACAUUAACUAUUU